AUGGACUCCGACCCGUUCCUUCUCUAUUUCUUGACGAAGCACGCGCUUUGGCUCGAUUUUGAUCUGCUGUCCAACAUUGCAAAGCACUCGGCAUUUCUCGCACUGUGGUAUUGGACACUACUCAAGGGCCGGGCCCCCUGGGUUAACCACGACUGGCACAAGAAAUAUGGACCCGUCGUUCGGGUUGGAGUGAACCAUCUCAGCUUCUCCACCCACGAUGCGCAGAAGCCCAUCUACGGCUUCGGGAACAAGAAAGUCCCCUCCUUUGCCAAAGAUCCCGAGUUCUCUACUCCCGAGGUCGACAAUACCGUCAACAUUAUUGUCGAGAUCGACAAGCAGGAGCAUGCGCGCAUGCGGCACAUGCUCAGCCAUGCUUUUGCCAAUACCAACCUGUUCAAACACCAGGAUGUCAUUAAACGACGCACAGACGAAAUGUUGGCCAACUUUCGAGGCCUUCGGGAAGAGGAUGGGAAGCGGGGCAUCAACUUCGUGAAGUGGUCUUACUAUGUGACCUAUGAUAUUAUGGGAGAAAUGUGCUUUGGGGACUUGUGGGAGAUUCAGACCCAGAAGCAACCUCUGGGUAAAUUUCACUGGGCCGAUGUCAUCACCGCCACUACCAACGUGAAUGACAUGUUGAGGGCCAUUACAGUCAUCCCUGGACUUUUCAGCUUGGUCACUUGGUACAUGCCCAAGAUCCUGCAAGACACCAUCGUUCGUCAUGCAGAGUACGCAAAUGAAUAUACCCAAGCUCGCCUCGCCAUGAAGACCGACACCAAAGACUUUCUGUACCACAUGCUCAAUGACAAGAGCGUCCCAAGGCCGGCCGACAGUGAGAUCGCAUCUCACUUCCAAGCAAUGAUGCUUGCGGGUAGCAUCACCACUGCCACUUUCCUGCCCGGAACGAUGUACUAUCUUUGCAAAGAGCAGCGAACGCUCACCCGCCUGACCAAGGAGAUCCGCGACCGGUUUCCGUCGGAGUCUGACAUUGACGCCAGGGCGCUAACCGAGGACUGCCCUUAUCUGAAUGCGGUGUGCAACGAGAGCCUGCGCAUCUAUCCCCCGGCGGGCGCAGCCCACCUGCCCAGAAUCGUGCCCGAUGGUGGCGCUGACAUCGCCGGCUACUGGGUUCCUGGAGGCACGCGCGUCUCAAUUCACCCUUGGUCACUUGUCCAUGAUGAGAAGAACUUCCGCGAGCCCAACAGGUUUGUGCCGGAGCGGUGGCUUCCCGACGAGCCGGAAGGGCAGUGGGGUGACAAGUUUGAGACCAGCCUUCCUUUCCACUCUGGGCCCAGGGGCUGCCUUGGCAAGAACCUGGCAUAUCUCGAGAUGCGCUUCAUCAUUGCCAAGCUCCUCUGGAGGUAUGAUGUCGAGUGGUUUGACACAACGCUUGACUGGGACCGUGACGGUAUGGGAUACACGGUGUGGAAGAAGCCUGACUUCCGCAUGUUGCUACAGGAGAGAAAAUGA